UCCAGCCUGCCCAGGGAUUUGCCUUGUUGAUUGUACAUGGAAGCCACAUCUCAAUAGCUUUCUCAGGGUUUGAAAGGACUGGCUCUGUAUGGCCCCUGGUCUUCUGAUGACUUCUUUCCAGCUUGGUGUGAAAGUUGAAGAACCUUCUCUGAGUAAAGUGAAAAUGCAAACCAACUUGAAAAUGGGAGUGGAAGAAGAAGGAGACAAGCCCAAAGUGCCUGCAGCUCCCCUGCCCUUCAGUGUGGAGGCUUUAAUGGCUGAUAGGAAGCCAGGGAGGGAGAGAGAGAUCUCCAGCCCAGCAGUAUCUCCACUGGCAGGAACAUCCCACAGCCCCAGGAUGGGAGCUAUAGUUUCAGUAGAACCUCCAGGAUCUCCCUUGUCCCUAAACAGCCAUUUUACAGUCGGAGGAAUCAUGAAAAUCACAGAGGAGGCACUAGUGAAAUCAGAGAGUCCAGAGAGACAAGAGAGAAGCUCCUGGAUUCAGAACUCCAGAUUCUCACCCUCUCCAACAAGAAGGAUGAGUCCUCCUGCUUGCACUCUCAGAAAGCACAAGACCAACAGAAAACCCAGGACUCCUUUCACUACAUCCCAGCUCCUGGCCCUGGAGAGGAAGUUCAGGCAGAAGCAGUACCUCUCAAUAGCAGAGAGAGCUGAGUUCUCCAGCUCCCUCAACCUCACAGAGACACAAGUCAAGAUCUGGUUUCAGAACAGGAGAGCAAAGGCCAAAAGACUACAAGAAGCAGAGCUAGAAAAGCUAAAAAUGGCAGCCAAGCCCAUGUUACCUCCAGCAUUUGGAAUUUCCUUCCCUCUUGGAACUCCUGUACCCACAGCUUCUUUGAAUUGGUCAUCAAACCCUUUCCAGAGGCCAACCCUGCCUGUAUCUCCAAUGGGACUUUACACAGCUCAUGUGGGUUAUAGCAUGUAUCACCUCUCCUAAUAACAUGAUUAACUCAGAGACUGUCGGGAGAACCUUGUGUGAACCCCCCCUUCACCGUACCCCUCUUAUUUAUGAGUUCCUAGGGAAUUGAACUGUAGAAAUACUAUGUCACAUCAUCAUUUAUAUCUUUAUCAUCUUGUUAGCAGCGUGGAAGGAGCACAAAAGAACUCGCAGACGGUCCGAAAGAUCUCGAACGAACGGCAUUUGUUUGAUAAAUGUGGCCAUAUCUCUAAAUAUAGGUUUCGUAAAAGUUCAGCAGUUACCAUGCGAACCAAUGGAACGUUCUUUAUUUAGAACGUUGCGCAUGAAUGGUUUAUAAAUAUUAAUCGAUGACCGAAAAAGAGUUUGCAUUUUUAUCUAAUUAAUUCCGUUGCUUAAGGAAAGUUUUUUUUUAAACAAUACACCCAAUUGAAAUGCAGAAAAAUAUAAAUCCAUUUGGUGGCAGAAAUGUGUGAAAUCUCUAAUGCCUUCCAUCGUCAUCCGACACUAAAGGGUUAAAUAUAUGUCAAUUUAAUUUGACCUGAUUUGUAUUAUUUUUAUUCAUCCAUUUAUGCCCAUGAACUCGUUGAUAUCACAGGAUGACAAGACCGAUAAAGGGAUAAAUGUCUCUUCUAUGUAAGAGAACAUGUAUUGAAUUUAAUAUUUUAACAGCACUGUCUGUUUAUCUUUUAUUUCUUUUAUACAAUAAUCCCUUUGGAAGGGAUUAUGUGUACUAUGUAAUAUACUGUAUAUUUUGAAAUUUAUUAUCAUUUAUAUUAUAGUUAUAUUUGUUAAAUAAAUUAAUUUUAAUGUA